AUGGCGCAAGCACAGGUUCGGACGACGCUCUCGAGCGAGGACAACCCGCGUGGCAUCCCCAAAGCUCGCUUCAUCGAGGACGUGGACGCCUUCGUGGCCGAGGCCAGCGGUGAUGGGGAGCUCGUGCUCAAGAUUCUGCAGGAAACGCUGGCCAAGUAUCGCUUCAUGGAGUCAUCCUCCGUCCAGCGGCGAGCGGGCCUGGAAGAAAAGGUGCCGGAGCUGGAGCGGACUAUCGAGAUGGUCGAGCUGCUCAUCGCGAAGAAGGAGCAGGGCGCAAGCUUCGACACGACUUUCGAGCUUGCCGACACGCUUUACGCCAAGGGACGGGUCGACGAGGUUGACGAAGUCUACAUCUGGCUCGGAGCGUCAACCAUGCUUUCUUAUCCCCUCGAUUCGGCUCACACGCUCCUGCUGGGCAAGCUCGACGCCGCACGCGGUACCCUUGGCACCGUCAAGGACGACCUGCUCUUCCUGAGAGACCAGAUCACGGUGACCGAGGUCAAUGUUGCGAGGGUCUAUAACUGGGACGUCGCUCGACGGCGGCAAGAUCGCAUGAAGACAGCCGUGUAG